CAACAUGGAAUUCCUCAAAUCUAGAGAAACUUAAAUUUCAAGAAUCCUCUUCAAGAUUUAACUCAUAUCAAAUCACCCAUGAAUUUCAGACCCAUUGUAAUUUUCAGCUUUCCACUCUAAACCCAAUGUCUUCUUCAACUCUGUUUCCUCGAAAACAUCAAAAUCUAUCUCUUGGAGCUUCUUGCAUAUCAAUAGCAAUUUCAACCAUUUUGGUCUUGUUCUAUACAAUUUUGUAUAGCCAGAAAUGCAGCCAAUCUUUUGGUUCAUUUAAUGAAUUCAAAUGGUCAUCUUCAACAGAUGAUACAAAUUCCGCUACAAAUAUAAGCCACAUCAAGUUCAUAUUAGCCAGUUCCCAGAAAACAUUGAAAUCCAGAAAACCAUACAUAGAGUCCUGGUGGCAGCCAAAUAGAACAAGAGGAAACAUUUUCUUGGACUCACCUCCCCCAAAAGAUUUCCUCCCUUGGCCUUCAUCUUACCCUCCAUUCCAAGUCAAUGAAGAAGUCAAGAAAUUAAGGGUAUACCCUAAACUCGUUGUUCCGGCCGCAGUCCGCCUGUUCCGUUCAAUCCUCGAAACGUUCCGGCUCGGGGACGACGAGGGCGUGAGGUGGUACGUUAUGGGAGAUGAUGACACUGUGUUUUUUGUUGAGAAUUUGGUUGAGGUACUAGGGAAGUACGAUGAGAGUAAACACUAUUACAUCGGGAUGACAUCAGAGGCGGUUAAGUCGAAUUUCGAUUUCUCAUUCGAUAUGGCGUAUGGUGGAGCUGGUUAUGCUUUGAGCUACUCGUUGGUGAAGACAUUGGUUCCGGUCAUCGAUGAUUGUAUUGAGAGGUAUCUUUAUUUGCGUGUCAGCGAUCAAUUGUUGUCUUUUUGUUUGGCUGAUUUAGGCGUUGAUCUCACCACUCAAAAGGGUUUUCACCAGAUCGAUCUUCUGGGUGACAUAUCAGGCCUGCUAUCAUCACAUCCACAAUCACAUGUUCUCUCGCUUCACCAUCUUGAUGGCAUAAACCCAAUAUUCCCUUCCAAGAACCAAUACGAAUCGAUAAAUCAUUUGAUGAAAGCUGCGAAAUUCGACCAGUCUCGUCUACUACAACAAACGAUAUGCUACCACAAGCCGACCAACUGGUCUUUCACGCUCGCAUGGGGUUACUCGGCUCAUGUUUAUGAAACCAUGAUGCCUCGAAGUUUUCUAAGGAGACCACUCGAGACGUUUCAGCCUUUCAAGAAAUCAGCUAGGCCUCCCUUGUACAUGUUCAACACGCGGUGGCCUUGGGCGGAUCCCAGCUGCCAAGCUGCCCAUAGCUUCUUCUUGGAUUUUGUGGAAAGAAGCGGCGAAGAUUUUAUUAAUACCACGUAUAGACGAGCGUCGCCGCGUAAUCUACCGCCGUGUUCGGCGAGUGGGAACCAUUCAGCGGAGCAUAUUGAGUACAUUAGGGUUGUUUUGCAGGCGACGAGGCGCAAGCAGGAAGCAAAAGUAGAAUGUUGCGACGUGGAGUACGUGAAUGAUUCAAAUGUUACAGAUGUGAAGUUGAGGCCUUGUAUCAACGGUGAAGUUAUCGCCUAA